AUGUCGGCUGCUACCACCGACCCGGCCCUUGUCGCCGCUCCCGCCCCGGACCUCUCUCCUGUUGAUGCCGUCGCUCAGGUAGGCCACGAUGUCACCUCCGUUGACCAUGUCGGCGAUCACGUCAGUGCAUCGCCAAAGGAGAGACAUUCCCUAACACUCGACCAACGCCGUGCUCUGCGUCGCUGGGCGAAUAGCCAGCCUAUCCGUCCCUCGCACAAGGCUUGUAUCGAAUGGUUCUUUUCUCAGUAUGGCCAGCAAAUAAGCCAAUCCACCGUGUCACACUCGCUGUCACCCAAGUACUCGCGUCUAGAUAGUGACAAUCCUCAACUUUCAGGUUCCCGUCUGCGCUACGGAAACUGGCCUGAUGUAGAGAAGCUCGUCCUUAUAUGGUAUCAACAGGUCCAAGCAUCUGGUCGCCAACCGACCAAUGAAGAACUUGGCGACAAAGCAAAAUCAAUAUUCGGACAGUUGCCGCGAUAUAAGGAUGAAAACCCCCCUGAAUUUUCUCCAGGUUGGAUUCAUCGAUUCAAGAAGCGCUAUGGACUUUUGAUCAGACGACAACGGCGUCAUGGGGAUGGAGGAAUCAAUGCUGCCGAAGAUAUAGGAUACCUGGCAGAUUGUGUCCCUCGUUACAUGAGCGUCGCCCCUGACACAAGUCCAGCUGCGAUCAAAGAAGAAAUCAUUCGCGCUGUUGGUAUCGAACCCACCCUCAACACAUGUGCCUUGGUGCGGGAUGAAGUGGUCCGUAGAAUGACAGGCCCUCCUCAACAAGUGCCUCCACCACCUCUCAUGAUGACGCAUGAUCCCCCUUCAAUCCCGCCUCCUCAGCCUGACCAGCCCAUCUACGCCGAUGAUGAUCCUGAAGUUGUCUUACAGAAUGCUUUGCGCCAGCUUCAGCAAGAAGAACAAGCAGCAGAAGAACAGGCGGCGGCUGUACGAGAAGAGCGUGAACGCGCUGAAAGAGCAGGACUUCAGCCUAAUAGCAUUCUGACCACGCCGACCGUGCGUGCCACUUCCGUCCAGCGCUACACGACCACACCAGCGCACGAGAUGGCUACUAACCUCAACCUCACCCCUAUUACUUCGGAACAGCCUAUAACCCAAGAUGAUCGGCCGGUGCGAUGCCCAUUCUGUGUUAAUCAACGAAUGCUGCGAUCCAUCAAAGAGGCUGUGGAGCAUCUUUCUACUCACGUUGUUGUUUGA